AUGCAGCCCCUCAUCCAUGCAGGGCUCUGCCUGCUCCUCUCCUGCUGCUUGCAUCCAUGCAAAGGUACAGCAGUGCGUAGGUACACCGACACCAUCACUGUAUCCAAUGGAGGCUCAUGGGGUGAAUGGGGGGAAAAGGAGUUUUGCCCCCGUGGAUUCGCAAAUGGAUUUGCAUUGAAGGUGGAGCCUGAAAAAAGCACUGGGAUAAUAUAUGAUGACACGGCUUUGAAUGGCAUUCGCCUGUACUGCACUGACGGCUCCGUCAUCGAGUCCACGGUGGGGCCGUGGGGCGAUUGGACUGAGGUCCAAAGGUGCACCGAGGGCGACCUGAUCUCCUUCUCGCUGAGAGUGGAACCGUUCCAGGGAUGGGGCGAUGACACGGCGGCCAACAACAUCCAGUUCACAUGCUCAGAUGGGGCCAAGAUGAUGGGCACCUCACUUUCCUGGGGUGAUUUUGGCCCAUGGAGCAAUCGUUGCAGCUCUGGGGGCAUUUGUGGGAUCCAGACGAAGGUGGAGGCAUCCCAGGGAGGUGGGGAUGACACAGCACUCAAUGAUGUGAAGUUCUUCUGCUGCAACUAA